AAUCUUAAAAACUUUUUAAUGUUUCAAUUAGCAUUGUCAGUAUGAUUGUGAUUCAUCUGGCCACAUCACAGCUUCCUUGUGACAUCAGUUAUAAAAUGCUGGACUAGGGUUUUACUCUUCAAAGCAAAAUUAAGCCUCAACUAAUAGAUUCACCAAAAUGAUACAUCACGAGCCUCCUUCCACCAAAGACUGCUCCGGUUCAGAGUUAAGAAAUGCCCUGCGCUCCAUAUGCUGAAAUUCAUUAUCUGUUCCUUGCAAUCAAUGGGCAGAUUAUUUGGCCGAUAGCCUGCCUGAAGGUCCUCACACUGCUAGACCCUCACUCUCACGGGGCUUCUGAUCACUUCUCUGCUCAUUAGUAUCUGUGCCUGAGAGGAUGGGCAGGAAAAAGAAAGGAAGACUGACGAUAAGAUUAACUCGGAACCGAAGAUUAAAAAACUGGAGCCAGUCCUUUUGCCAGCACUUUGAAUAUAUAGUGUCACUCUCUCCUGGCCUGUACAGUUUCUGCUGAAAGGUCUGCUGAUAGCCUUAUGGGGCUUCCUUGUCUGUAGAGAAAUUGUCGUAAAUGAAGUCAGUUUUGUGAGAAAAUGCAUUGCAACGGACACAAGUCAGUACGACCUGUGGGGAAAGCUGAUCUGCAGUAACUUCAAAAUUUCCUUUAUUACGGAUGACCCGAUGCCAUUACAGAGAUUUCAUUACAGAAACCUUCUUCUUGGUGAGCAUGAUGUCCCUUUAACAUGUAUUGAGCAAAUUGUCACAGUAAAUGACCACAAGAGGAAGCAGAAAGUCCUCGGUCCCAACCAGAAACUGAAAUUUAAUCCAACAGAGUUAAUUAUUUACUGUAAAGAUUUCAGAAUUGUCAGAUUUCGCUUUGAUGAAUCAGGUCCUGAAAGUGCCAAAAAGGUAUGCCUUGCAAUAGCUCAUUAUUCCCAGCCAACAGACCUCCAGCUACUCUUUGCAUUUGAAUAUGUUGGGAAAAAAUACCACAAUUCAGCCACUAAAAUUAACGGAAUACCCUCAGGAGGUGGCAGUGGAGCUGUUGGUGGCAGCAACCAAAAAACCCCAUUCUUUGAAACAUACUCAGACUGGGACCGAGAAAUCAAGAGAACAGGUGCUUCCGGGUGGAGAGUUUGUUCUAUUAACGAGGGUUACAUGAUAUCCACUUGCCUUCCAGAAUACUUUGUAGUACCAAGUUCUUUAGCAGACCAGGAUCUGAAGAUCUUCUCCCAUUCUUUUGUUGGAAGAAGGAUGCCACUCUGGUGCUGGAGUCACUCUAAUGGCAGUGCUCUUGUGCGAAUGGCCCUCAUAAAAGAUGUGCUACAACAGAGGAAAAUUGACCAGAGGAUCUGUAAUGCAAUAACUAAAAGUCAUCCACAGAGAAGUGAUGUUUACAAAUCAGAUUUGGAUAAGACCUUGCCCAAUAUCCAAGAAAUACAGGCGGCUUUUGUAAAACUCAAGCAACUAUGCGUUAAUGAGCCUUUUGAAGAAACUGAAGAAAAAUGGUUAUCUUCACUGGAAAAUACUCGGUGGUUAGAAUAUGUAAGGGCAUUCCUUAAACAUUCAGCAGAACUUGUGUACAUUCUAGAAAGCCGGCAUCUGUCUGUAGUGCUACAAGAGGAGGAGGGAAGAGACUUGAGCUGUAUUGUAGCUUCUCUUGUUCAAGUGAUGCUGGAUCCCCAUUUUAGGACAAUUACGGGAUUUCAGAGUCUGAUCCAGAAGGAGUGGGUCAUGGCUGGAUAUCAGUUCCUAGACAGAUGCAACCACUUAAAGAGAUCUGAGAAAGAGUCUCCUUUAUUUUUGCUGUUCUUGGAUGCCACGUGGCAGCUGCUAGAACAGUACCCAGCGGCCUUCGAGUUCUCAGAGACAUACUUGGCAGUGCUGUACGACAGCACCCGCAUUUCCCUGUUCGGCACCUUCCUGUUCAACUCCCCUCACCAGCGGGUGAAACAAAGCACAGAAUUUGCUAUCAGCAAAAAUAUCCAGUUGGGUGACGAAAAGGGUUUAAAAUUUCCCUCAGUUUGGGACUGGUCUCUUCAGUUUACAGCAAAGGAUCGCACUCUUUUCCAUAACCCCUUGUACAUUGGAAAGAGCACGCCCUGCAUCCAGAAUGGUUCUGUGAAAUCUUUCAAACGGACAAAGAAAAGCUACAGUUCCACACUGAGAGGAAUGCCAGGUUCCUUAAGGAAUGGAAUCAUCAGUGACCCAGACUUGGUCCCAAGGAGAAAUUCAUUGAUACUAAAAGCGAAGCCUGACCCUCCACCACCGCCCACCAGCCAGGACCAUGGUGCCGAGCAGUAUUUUAGAGAAUGGUUUUCCAAACCGGCUGACCUGCAUGGCGUUAUUCUGCCACAUGUCUCGGGAACACAUGUGAAGCUCUGGAAACUGUGCUAUUUCCGCUGGGUGCCUGAGGCCCAGAUCCACCUUGGGGGCUUCAUCACCGCCUUCCACAAGCUCUCGCUGCUGGCCGACGAGGUGGACGCGCUCAGCAGGACGCUGCGGCAGCACCGGGCCGGGUCCCUGGAUGCCGGCCACGCGGGCCCGGACGAGAGCCGCAUGUACUUCCGGGUCAGCGCUCACGCCACUCCCGGGACACCGGACUUCCUGUCGUCUGCUUUCCCAUUCAGCCCUGUGGGCAACCUCUGUAGACGGAGCAUCUCAGGAACGCCCUUGAGCAAGUUUUUAAGUGGGGCCAAGAUCUGGUUAUCUACUGAGACGCUAGCAAAUGAGGACUGAGAUGGACUUUUUAAACAUGCUGAGGGAAGCCAGAAACUUCUCUUACAAUUGCUAACCUAGGCACUUGAGGCUCUAAGAAUUUUCUAUGUCAGAUUAACAGUGGAAAUUUGCACUAAUAUUUAAAAACAUGUUGAAUUCUGCUUCCUUCGCAGGUUUUCAAAAAGAUAGGCAGCCCUCUUCUUUUCCAUGACCUCUCUGUCCUCUCAGGGCUGCCUCAGCCUCGGGUGACCUGUAGGCAGACUUCCCACUCUUACUCCUAUGAGCAGAGGAGCAGGCUUUGUCUGUGCCAUUGAUCCUGUCUGUAGCCACUUUCCCCUACCACCUGGUAAGGGUUACCUGAGCCUAGGUCACCACUGCACAGAGGCAGACAGGAAGAAAGUUAAUGUUCAGUAGGCAUUCUGGGAAACGCCCCACAGGCCUGGGUAUUCCUGCAGGUUUCUGGUCACUUCGGUUCUGACUGAGCUCCCUGAGCAGACAGUGAUGGUAGAUCACUUUGUUUAGGACCGUAUAUCACUGUGUUUUAAAAUCACGAGUUUGCUUUUACCAUCGUAGGGUUGACUAAAACGAUACGCACUGUUGACUUUAGAAGCAUUUGUUAUAGAUGAUGCCAACACAGAAGUGCCUUUGAUGUUACUCUGAAGCCUGACACAGAGUUAAACACAAUUCCAGUUUUUACAACAAAGUGUUACAAGGCUGGAUAUUGAAAACAGGUCUCCUGCCCCUGAGCUUCAUACCAGGAGCCAGGAGUCUCAAAAAGUGCAUUUCCUCCCAUCUGAAGGUCAGCGAGGGCACAGUGGGCCUGUGGGCAGGUGGGUGUUGGUGUGAGGGCAGCAGGGGUGAGUGUGGACGGCGCUGAACCCACCCUGGAAAGUCGAGGUCUCACCCAGAGGCAUCUGGGGGCCCCCAUCAGUAUUGGCAGCGGGGUCACUGUUGGUGGCACCUCCCAUUGGAAAGAACUGAUGGGAUUGUGAGGCAUCGCCCUCCUUCUGCCAACCAAGUUCCUGGUGGUGAGGUGUCACCAUGAAGGGAAAGAAAAGUGUACUUCUCUCAAAAUACUACCAUUUGAAUGUUCCCCGGUGGCAUGAGCCAGAGCAGCACAGGGGGGUGGGUGUGCUUGGUCAGCCGGUGGGACCCGAACCGGCCAGGGCUGUGUGGGCCAAGCCGAAGCUCCCAGGCCAAGGCCUCACUCAGCACCUUGCCCUCCACUCCUCACUCCUGCCCACACCCUAGGCCCUGUUUACAGGAUGGAGGGGUUCAAAUUGGGCUCUUAGAGUUUGUUAAACUGCCAUCUUAAGCUUUAAAAAAAGAAUUUAUAGUGAAGUGGCUAGUUUAUCUUUUCUAAAACAAGUUUUUUCAAAGAAGUCUUUCACCUUUAUGUGAAAUGAAUAGCUGUUUCUAUUCAAAUUACUUGCCUUUUUAGAAUUCAUGUCUCUGGACCUCAAGGGACAGAAGUUCUUAUAAAAUGUCUUUGGAAAUUUGUCUUGUGGAUAAGCCCAAUGUUUUUGCCUAGAAAAUAAGGGCUUUUUCAAUUUAUAUAAGUAAAUAGCACUGUUGCCAUUAAAUAUUUUAUAGUCCUUGAUUGGAAACCAGUCCCAAUCCCCUUAAAAUCCCACAGCAUAUCCUGCCAUAGAAGUGUAAUAAUUCUCCCUUUUUGAUUAAGCUUCCUUUUUAUUAUUAUAAAUUACUCUAAAUUGGGCUUGGAGGGGUUGUUGAGCAUUUAUUUCUUAUAAUUAUCUCUCCUCACACAUUUAUUUCAACUCCUUAACAAUUUUCUUAAUUUACAAAUUUAAAAAAGAUUAGGUACUAUUAAUACUGUUUCAAAACAAAAUGUGCAUAUUUUUGUAUGAUAAUCAAAUGUAGUAAAAUACGGUUUUUAGUUUUAUUUUUUCUGGACAGUUGUUCUAUCAUGAUUAUUGUGCCAGUUUUCGUGCAUAAUAUGAAAAACAACUAUAACAGUUUUAAGUCCUGGCCGUUAUAAAGCUGCCUGGCACCUCUGCUGGCAGGACGUGGUGGCAACCGAAGUCCUACGUGUGGUUAUGGACACUGCACGGAAGAGCGCUUCACACCCUUUGGCCCUACAGCCCUGCGAACAAGCCUGUGCCCACAGGAUGCCACACAGGCACCAGACAGCCUGGGACUUUCUAGUACUGAACUUAAAGAUGUACAGUGUGUUAUUUUAUGAUGGAAACGGUUUUAAAACCAAAAAUGUCUUAACUUUAUUUAAGAAAAGUAUAUUAAUUUGUGCUAACAGGGGAUGAAAAUUAGUCAACACCUUCAACAAAACCUGCUUGCCGUAGCAGUAACCUCAAGUAGUUAGAACUUGAUUUUGAGAGAAAACGAAAACCUUUGUGCCUAAAAUUAUGACUUGAGUUAAAUAAAGUAGGAUGAGCAGGAAAGACGAGAGAUCUUGCUGUUAGCAGUGAUGAAUGUGAAGGAAAUUUUGACUGCUAAAUAAAAUUUCCACAGAAA